ACGAUUCAAGAUUGUUGCGCUAAAGCACAUUUGAGGGAGUUCCAUGUCCAUUAUGAAAAUAUCUUACAAAAUGUACAAUUCAGUGAUUUCUUGCAGCCAGUGAACUCUGCUAAUACCAAUGUAUGUCUUGUGAGGGACUGUAGCGCUUUAAUAUGGCCAUAAUGAUUUUACUUUAACGCGGGGGAUUGUGAUUUGCCCACGGUGCCUAACUUCACUUGGUUAUCUGUUUAUUUGCUGUGUGUUGGAGAGGGGUGGGGGGUCGUGCUGGAUUAGUCGGUACCACAGAUGCAGAACACGAAGACGGAUCCUGAUGACAUUUGGUCCAGAGCUCCAGAGAGCAUCCUUACACCGGGUCUCCCUCCUCCUCCUCCUCCUCCAGCAGCAUCCGCCGCCACCACGCCGGCUGGGCCGCCUGUCAGCGGCGGAGGACCAGACCAUCUGAAGCGGACAGGGGGAGUCCGCUAAGCCGCUUACUCCUCCGUGGACAGGCCUACAGUUAAAGCAGUGUGGAGAAAACCUGACGUCUAGAGCUCAACGAUAUGUGUCGAAUAAAAGGAGACAGUAUUCGGUUCCACUGACGUCCAGAGAGCCGAAUAAAAGUCCGAAGGAAUGUUCACCCUGACUGAAGUAGCUUCUCUAAAUGACAUCCAGCCAACUUACAGAAUUCUGAAACCAUGGUGGGAUGUCUUCAUGGACUAUCUGGGUAUUGCCAUGCUUAUGUUGGCCAUCUUUUCUGGAACCAUGCAGUUGACUAAAGACCAGGUGGUUUGUCUUCCCAUCUUGGAGCAGACACCAGAGAAGUCUGGAGGCUUCUUGGGAAGCGAACCACCAGAUCCAAGUGAUGGUUUCUGGAACAAAGAGAACGCAAUUGGAGAGCAAGCUGCUCCCCUCAUGGCUAAAAGACCUCCUGAUAGCAUCAGUCCUGUAGGGCACCUCACACAGUUUCCUGCCUUUAUACACCCCCAGCCAUCAGGUGUCAGAACCAAGCUAGAUUUUCAGCAGUACAUUUUUGUCAACCAGAUGUGUUAUCAUGUUGCCCUUCCAUGGUAUUCCAAAUAUUUUCCAUAUCUUGCUCUAAUUCACACGAUUGUGUUGAUGGUCAGUAGCAACUUCUGGUUCAAAUACCCAAAGACGAGUUCAAAGGUAGAACAUUUUGUUUCCAUACUAGGAAAAUGUUUUGAGUCCCCCUGGACGACCAAAGCGCUCUCUGAGACUGCAUGUGAGGACUCCGAGGAGAACAAGCAGAGGCUAGCUGGGGCUUCGUCUCUCCUAAAACAUCUGUCCACGAGCAGUGAGGAGGGCAGUCCAAAUCAGCUGACCCAAAUGUUGACUAAACCUGGUGUUGCUUUUUCUGUUGAAAAGCUUGUGAGUGAAAUUCCCUCCAUGACCAUACUGGACAAGAAAGACGGCGAGCAAGCUAAGGCCUUGUUUGAGAAAGUUAGGAAAUUUCGUGCCCAUGUAGAAGACAGUGACUUGAUCUACAGGCUCUAUGCUAUUCAGACCGUCGUUAAAACAGUGAAAUUUAUUUUAAUAUUGUGCUACACGAUGACAUUUGUGGCAUCUAUCGACUUUGAUCAUGUUUGCGAACCCGAAAUAAAACAUUUAACUGGAUAUGGCAAAUUCCAAUGUACACAUAACAUGGCGUUUAUGCUUAAGAAGCUUCUUGUCUGUUAUAUUGUGCUGAUUUGUGUUUAUGGCAUUAUUUGCAUUUACACACUCUUCUGGCUUUUUCGGCGACCACUAAAGGAAUAUUCCUUUGAAAAAGUCAGAGAAGAGAGCAGUUUCAGUGACAUUCCUGAUGUUAAGAAUGACUUUGCAUUCCUCCUUCACAUGGUUGACCAGUACGACCAGUUGUACUCAAAGCGCUUUGGGGUUUUUCUCUCUGAGGUGAGUGAGAACAAACUUCGAGAGAUCAGCCUUAACCAGGAAUGGACCUUUGAGAAGCUACGACAGCACGUGACCCGCAAUCCUCAAGAUAAGUUGGAACUUCAUCUUUUUAUGCUGUCUGGUGUGCCAGAUGCUGUUUUUGAUCUUGCUGAUCUGGAAAUCUUAAAAUUGGAACUGAUUCCUGAGGCUAAGAUAACAACCAAGGUCUCACAAAUGAUCAACAUUCACGAGUUGCACCUUUACCACUGUCCAGCUAAAGUAGAACAAAAUGCUUUUAUUUUUCUCUGCGACCACCUCCGGUGCCUUCAUGUCAAAUUCACAGAUGUCGCUGAGAUUCCUAGCUGGGUGUACCUAUUGAAAAAUCUACAGGAGUUGUAUUUGAUUGGUAACCUGAACUCUGAAAACAACAAACUGAUCGGACUCGAGUCUCUGCGAGAUCUCAGGCACUUGAAGAUUUUGCACCUGAAAAGCAACCUGACGAAGAUCCCGACUAACAUAACAGAUCUGUCUCCACAUCUGAUCAGACUUGUUAUUCAUAACGAUGGCACAAAGCUGUUAGUGCUGAAUACGCUGAAAAAAAUGGUCAAUCUUUCCGAGCUGGAGCUACAUAACUGUGAGUUAGAGCGGAUACCCCAUGCCAUUUUCAGUUUGAACAACCUUCAAGAACUUGACCUAAAGUCCAACAACAUCCGCACCAUAGAAGAAGUCAUCAGCUUUCAACACCUCAAAAGACUGACUUGCCUCAAACUUUGGUACAAUAAAAUCAUCAAUAUACCACUGUCAAUCAGUCAUGUCAGAAACCUGGAGUCACUCUAUUUCUCACACAACAAGCUGGAGUCUUUGCCAUCUUCGUUAUUCACCCUUCUCAAGUUGAGGCACCUCGAUGUUAGUCAUAAUUCCAUAGUGAUCAUUCCUCCAGAGGUGGGAUUUCUGCAGAAUCUCCAACAUUUUGUCAUUACGGGCAACAAAGUAGAGGUAGUCCCAAAGCAACUGUGCAAAUGCAUCAGGCUAAAGACAUUGUGUCUCGGCCAAAACCGCAUCACCUUCAUUCCAGAGAAAAUCGGACAGCUUGUGCAACUCACAUACCUGGAGUUGAAGGGAAACUGUCUUGAUCGCCUCCCAGUUCAGCUUGGCCACUGUGGUCUCCUGCGUAGGAGCUGCCUUGUAGUAGAGGAUCACCUCUUUGACUCACUCCCACUGGAAGUCAAGGAGAGCAUGAAUCAGGAAGCUAGCGUUCCCUUUGCAAAUGGGUAUAAAUGUCUUGGCGAAGGGCGUUAGAAGCAUUGCAUGGUGUACAUCGUUGUUUAUCUCACGUAGAGCAAAAGUGAAAGGAAUAGUUGUCUGGUUGAGUAGAAUGCCCUAUAGCUUAACCUAGCAUGCAGCCUGCAAGUGUAGCAGUAUAGAGAACAUUUUUGGUCUAAACACUGACACAUUAAAUCUUAUAGAUGAAAAAAUAAACUUUUACAAAAUCAGAUAACUGUUUGAUUUUCCAAAAACACAUUUUUUUGUCUACUUCAUGCGAUAUUAGUCAAAACAAAGUUUGGCGAUCAGAGGUGGAAGUUAUCUGUUUUUUCCAAAUGGAUUAUAUACGGGAAGGUUUAUACAUGUUACGUAUUUAUAGUUAAUAUUUUUAUCACUGUGGUUUUAUCUGGGUUAUAUGUAACUCGUUUAAACAUUGCACUGUGAAUACAUGUAUUAGUUUGCCAAUUUAGAAAUACACUUUACUUUUUCCACUCAUACACACACAUCAAAUAUAAAACUACAGGGGAAAGGCUUGCCCCAUCAAUAAAGAAUGCACCAACACUAGCUUUAGCUUAUAUCUUGCUUAAAAACACAGCUUGGUGGUUUGCAGUUUCUUAAUGUAUUCUUUCUAUUAUCCCCUAAAACCAAACAAAAUGGUUUACUCUCCUUUAUCUCAGACUUUCUCUUUCAAAUGUUUUUCAUUUUACACAGUUUCAAAAUGUUAUCCUGUAGUCUUAUAAAAGUAUGUUUUCACUAAUACAAACAUUGUGCAUCUUCCUAAACCAAGUUUGUCAUUGACCUCACCACUGUUGUAAUAUCCUUAACGCACUUUAAAGCCAACAUCAACGUAAACCAAGUAUACCAAAUUAUUAUCCUGCUUUAAAAUUUUUAAAAUGUUUGCACAAAAAUGUUAUUUCUAUGAGUUAACCCUUUAAAAGAUUUCUAACUUGAAAACAAAAGCAUUAUGCUCACACUUUCACUUCAACUGCCGUAACAUCAGUCAGCAUCUGUCUCAAAAGCAACAGAACUGGACUUUUUAUUUGUGAUCAGUUUUUAACCUCAACCUUUUGUUACAUACAUUCUUAUUAAAUAUGCUUUGUUUUGUUUGGUGUUUCCCAUAAAAUACAUUUUUACUGUUUUCCGAGUUUUCAGUCACUCAGAUUUGUUUUGUCUGCAGACAGAUGAUGUCAUUUGCACCAGUAUAUUCUGGCUAUAUUUGCUUUUAUGUGAAUUUUUUUUUGUUUUUUUGUAAACAGUUUUAUUGUUUUUAGUGCAUUUUGUAAUGGUUUUUUGUGUGCACCAAUUUUAAGAUGUGUCCUAUAAAUUAAAUAUUAUUAUUCUCUACUUUGUUAUUAUUGUGUAAAGAAUUGAGCAGCAAUGAUAAAGGUCAGAAAAAUG